GCGCGGGUGGCCCGUCCUGGGGCCGCUCCUCCUCCUCGCCGCCCGGCGCCUUCGCGUCCCUCUCCGUCCGCGACGGCGGGGAGGCCAUGGCCGUCAAGGCGGACGAGGACAGGGAGAUAGCCGCCGAGGGUUCCGGGAAGAAGGGCAAGGUGCCGCCGGUGGCGCAGCUGCUGAAGCACCCGCUGGCGCUGCUGGCGCUCGUGCCCAGCAGCGUCGCGCUCUUCGCCGCCGGCGCCGGGGCCGGCGCCGUCGCCAAGACGGUCACCGCUCCGCUCGACCGCGUCAAGAUCCUCAUGCAGACUCACAGCGUGCGGGUGGCGGGUGAGGGCACCAAGAAGGGGAUUCAGUUCCUGGAGGCUAUGGCAGAGAUAGGAAAGGAGGAGGGUCUAAAGGGUUACUGGAAGGGCAAUCUUCCGCAGGUUAUCCGCAUAAUUCCGUAUAGUGCAGUGCAACUUUUCUCAUAUGAAGUUUACAAGAAAAUAUUCCGAAGAAAGGAUGGAGAGCUUUCUGUGUUUGGAAGACUUGCUGCUGGUGCUUGUGCGGGCAUGACAUCUACACUUGUGACUUACCCAUUGGAUGUUCUCCGGCUUAGGCUAGCAGUUCAAUCUGGACAUAGCACUAUGUCACAGGUUGCUCUGAACAUGCUGAGAGAAGAAGGGUUAGCUUCCUUCUAUGGAGGCCUUGGUCCAUCUCUUAUAGGCAUUGCUCCUUACAUUGCUGUAAACUUCUGUGUUUUUGACCUAAUGAAGAAAUCUGUACCGGAGAAGUACAAGAGUAGACCAGAGACAUCUCUAGCAACUGCUCUUCUUUCAGCAACAUUUGCGACUUUGAUGUGCUAUCCGUUGGACACUGUUAGGAGGCAGAUGCAAAUGAAAGGCACGCCAUACAAUACAAUUUUCGAUGCCAUUCCAGGUAUUGUGGAGCGUGAUGGUCUAGUUGGACUAUACCGAGGUUUUGUGCCAAACGCGUUAAAAAAUCUGCCCAAUAGCAGCAUUAAACUCACUGCAUUUGACACGAUGAAGAUCCUGAUAUCUAGUGGGCAAAAGGAAAUGGAAAAAUUAAUGCAAGAAAGUCAAGAGAAGACAAGCUAGGAAAAGAGCCAUACUCAACCUUAGGGCUCAGGGAGCUAGCAUGCACUGUUUUUCUUUGUCCGUCCCUUCCCCAGGCAAUAUUUUAGGGUUUAGAUAGCACAUCUUCGAUGUUCCUUUUCAAGCUGGCCCUAACUUGCAGUCGUUUUCUACACCUUGCUGAAGGCUGAGGCAUUAGAAUCAAGUAAUUAGGACAUUUCUUUGGUGGCAGGCUGGCAGCAGGCCUUUAGCUAGAGUUAGUAACACAAGCAUUCACCUUAACUGAUGUUUAUUCGAGUGGACGCGUAGAUUGACCUCUUAGUUCUCCAGAAAGUUUACCACUAUAUGUUAUAGACAGAUCUAUCACAAAUACAAUGGAGACCAUGGAUACUGCCCUGUAAUAGGUUCCCUCUGAAUGAGUUACAUCUGUUCGCGACAGAUUAGGGUGGUUACCAAAGCAGCGAUGAUACUGUAAUACCGAUAUCCAGGCUGAAAGCUUUAGAUUCUCCAUGAGUGAUUAGCUUCAGUUUGGGCA